UUUCAAAGGGGUUUUGUCAGAUAAUCUCCACAACUUUCUGGACGGGAACAAGUUAACCGGUUGGCAAAUCCGCACCGUUACACAAAUGUUCAGGCCGUGUUUUAUUCAGCUUCGAAAACGGUAUCGUUAGACAGCCACAACGAAAAGAAACAUGCACAUUCUCUGGGCCCUCGUUUCAAGCUAUAUUUCUCUAGCGACAGCAUCGUCAUGCUACGCACCUGAUGGAUCACAAGUGGCCAGCUUCAUUUAUCAACCAUGCGUCUCCAUUUCAGGUGUACAUUCAAUGUGCUGUAAACUCAAUGCCGAGGAUCCUGAUACGUGUGAUCCCUCGGGACUUUGCCUGACGAGUGAAGGAGCAUAUUAUCGGGAGUUCUGCACGGAUCGAUCAUGGAACUCGACUAAUUGUUUACCCAAGGAUAUCUGUGGCAAUCAGAAUGGUGGAAACUCAGACUGGACCUACCAAUUGACCAACUGCGGCGACGGCUCCUGGUGCUGCGGUAGUACCGCUGCCUGCUGCAACACUUACGAGACAUUCACUCUAGACUCGGCACUCAUCAAGUUUAUCUCCAAUUCAGAUUCCAAUUCGAAUUCUAGUUCCAAGUCCGGUUCUGCUUCCGAUACUUCUGUUACCUCUGCUCCCUCGACAACAGGAACUGUAAAUCCAUCCGGUGACAGUAGCAGCGGCAGCAUCAGCCGCGAAAAGGACCAGUCCAAUUCCGAUAAGCCGAAGAAGAUUGCGAUUGGAGUCGGAGUUGGAAUACCGCUAGCAUGCAUAGCCGUGGCUAUGAUGGGGGUUGGAUAUUUCUGGGGCAGAAGGAGUAUGAAGAAGGAGUUGCAGCCGAGAUUCCAACCUCGUAUUCUAAAUAUCCCCCUGGAGAGGCCAAAGGGCGAGAUAGGGCGCCCGCGUCCGGAGGAUGAUGCUUCUAGCGUGUCUCGUUGUCUGGAGGUAGUGCGGAGCGCAUAAGCAUGAGAUAAGAGGAGGUUGAAAGGAGUCCUUGUGGCUUGUGGGUGCUGUCUGUUGUAUCACUGCGGUUUGCUGGUUUUGACUUAGCCGGGCCAUUGCUGUCCCUGGUAGCGUGUCUCAAUAUCCCAUUGUACCAUUCUAUUUGGUGAAAUGGCCUGGAUCUUGAAGUAGUGUUUAAUUGUCUUAAUCUAUAACUUGUUGCUG